AUGGAAAACACAACUCAUCCACCUUAUUUUAACCUCACCAUGUUUGUUAACAUAGGCAACUACCGCUAUCCAGCAUUUGUCUUGUGCUUGCUUUUGUAUGCUUUAAUUAUCUCAGCUAAUCUUGUCAUAAUAUUGGUAAUAUCACGAGAGAAAACUUUACAUGAGCCCAUGUAUAUUUUCAUUAUGUGUCUUUCUAUUAACUCUCUGUGGGGCUCUGCUGGCUUCUUCUUCAGAUUUUUCAAAGACCUUCUGUCUGAUACUCAUUUGAUCCCACGAUCAGCUUGUUUUUUUCAGAUCUAUGUCAUUUACACCUAUGCAUCCUAUGAGCUCACCCUCUUGGGCAUUAUGGCUUAUGAUCGGUAUGUUGCUGUGUGUCAACCUCUACAUUACCACAGCAAAGUAACUUCCAAGCUGGUCUCCAAGCUGGUCGCUUUUGCGUGGAUCUUUCCAGCUUUUUCUGUUGCAGCCUGUGUUUAUCUGUCCUCCAGACUUCCACUCUGUGGCAAUAAGAUACCAAAGAUAUUCUGCGCCAACUGGCCUGUUGUAAAACUGUCGUGUGUCUCCACUGUUAUGAAUAACCUUGUUGGCAUGUUAGUGUCGGUAAGCACAGUCUUUCUGCCCCUGGCUUUUGUCUUGUAUACAUACGCACGCAUUUUUCUUGUUUGCAGGAAACGCUCCUCAGAAUUCAGGGGCAAAGUCAUACAGAGCUGUCUGCCGCACGUUAUUACAUUCGUGAAUUAUUCCAUCACUGUGUUUUGUGAUGUGGCGCUCAGCAGAAUUGAUCUUGAGGCUCUGAAUCCAUUCCUAGCUAUAAUUUUGUCACUGGAGUUUGUUGUGAUUCCUCCCAUUGUGAAUCCUCUUGUGUACGGCCUGAAGCUACCAGAAAUCAGAAGACUUAUUUUAAGAACAUUAUCAUGCUUAAAAUCUGACAAACAAACAAAGCGUUAG